GUUGGGCGGCUGCCUGCGUGUCGGCCGCGGUUCAGGGAGCAGGCUUAGGAACUGUGGACGACCGUGGGGCGUCCUGGCCGUUGGCACAUGUGUUUUCAUUGCAGCUUUCGCUGCUGAAUGUGUCGUCUCCGUGUCGCCCUUCGGGGGAGAGGGAAACAGAGGAGAGCGUUGUUUGGGGGACAGAGCUGGAGCUCCUAAAAGGGGAAGGGAGCAGCCAGGAGGCUUUAAAGCACCUGACCGCAGGCCUGCGGCCCGGAAUUGGGGAGCGACUGAGAGGGAAAGGUUCCCGCAGGCAGGGUCCGAACUCGAUAGGAUCGGGGCUGGUGCCGAGGAGGGAGGGCCCGGGGCGCCCGCGCGAUGCUCGGGGCCCGGUGCCUGCUCCGAGCCCUGCGCUCCUGUUCCUCUGCUCCCUGCCCGAGACCCAAGCCUUCACCCAAACUGAGCGUGCGGGAAGCUCUCAGGGCCCAGAACACGAAUGGGGAGCGCGUUAAGGUUCAGGGAUGGAUUCGUUCAGUACGAUCCCAGAAGGAAGUCUUGUUCCUGCAUAUAAAUGAUGGGUCUUCUUUGGAAAGCCUUCAGGUUGUAGCAGAUUCAAACUUUGACAGUAGAGAAUUGGCUUUUGGGAGCUCUGUGGAAGUUCACGGGCAAUUGGUAAAAAGUCCAGCCAAAAGACAGAAUGUGGAACUGAAAGCAGAAAAAAUUGAAGUUGUUGGAAGUUGUGAUCCCAAGGAUUUCCCUUUUAAAUAUAAAGAGAGGCCUCCUCUGGAGUAUCUAAGGCAAUUUCCUCAUCUUAGGUGCAGGAGUAAUGCCCUGGGUUCUAUACUGAGGGUUCGCAGUGAAGCUACCGCUGCCAUUCAUUCUUUCUUUAAGGACAGUGGCUUUGUGCAUAUUCAUACUCCAGUAAUCACAUCCAAUGACUGCGAGGGGGCUGGAGAACUUUUUCAAGUUGAACCUUCAAGCAAAAUGAAAGUACCUGAAGAGAAUUUCUUCAAUGUUCCUGCUUUCUUAACUGUCUCAGGACAACUUCACCUAGAAGUGAUGUCAGGAGCCUUUACUCAAGUGUUUACCUUUGGUCCAACAUUUCGAGCAGAGAAUUCUCAGAGCCGGAGACACCUGGCAGAGUUUUAUAUGGUAGAAGCAGAGAUUUCUUUUGUUGAGAGCCUUCAAGAUCUCAUGCAGGUUAUGGAGGGGCUCUUCAAGUCUGCAACAAUGACAGUUCUCUCAAAUUGUCCUGAAGAUGUUGAGCUCUGUCACAAAUUCAUAGCUCCUGGUCAAAAGGACAGAUUAGAACAUAUGCUAAAAAACAACUUUUUAAUCAUUUCUUACACUGAAGCAGUGGAGAUCUUAAAGCAGGCAUCCCAGAGCUUCACCUUCACCCCAGAGUGGGGUGGUGAUCUACAGACGGAACAUGAAAAGUACCUGGUGAAGCACUGUGGCAACAUCCCAGUCUUUGUCAUUAAUUACCCAUUAGCACUCAAGCCUUUCUACAUGAGGGAUAAUGAAGAUGGGCCUCAGCACACAGUUGCAGCUGUUGAUCUUCUGGUUCCUGGAGUUGGAGAGCUCUUUGGAGGAAGCCUCAGAGAGGAACGGUACCAUUUCUUAGAGCAGCGACUGGCCAGCUCAGGACUGACAGAAGCCUACCAAUGGUACCUGGACCUCCGUCGAUUUGGAUCUGUGCCACAUGGAGGUUUUGGGAUGGGAUUUGAACGCUAUCUGCAGUGCAUCUUGGGAAUUGACAAUAUCAAAGAUGUCAUCCCUUUUCCAAGAUUUACUCAUUCAUGUCUUUUAUAGAUGGAAGACUGGUUAAGGAAAAUCACCCAAGCCAAAGCUACUGCACGUGAAUGUGCAUAAAGGAGAACACAUAUUUGGAUUUUAGAAACAUAGAAGUUUUUAAAAUGCACUUGUCAUACCAUAACAUAUAACAUGAAAAAUAAAAGUGAUCAUGAUUUUCUUAUAAAGUUGAGGGCAUUUCAUAGAAAGAUGAACUCUCUCAAGAAGAGGUACUUAUAGCAAGUAGAAUCUCAAAUCCAUUAUGUCAAUUAAUAAGAAAUGAAGAAAUUGAACAAGAUGGUUUCAAAGAUCCUUUCAGACUUUAAGAGAGGAUGAGAUCAUGUAUUUUACUUUGUCCUUAAUGAUUAAAUCACUACCCUGUGUGACUGUUGAGAAACAAUUAGUAACUAAAAAUGAAAUGUUGUUGGAUCUUUUCUUUCAUACCAUUUAAUCUAUAACAAA